AUGCUCUUCUGUGUCGACCUGGGCGAAGAAGGAGAGUACUUCGCAGAUGUGGGCUUUGACGGGCCGAACCCGUUCAAAGAACUGCCUGUAGAAGGCGAGGCUGAGCCUUACCGUGUGCGCAGACUCGAUGAAGAAGGGAACAUCGAGGUGGCCAUCAAGUCGACUGGACGUGGUGCCGCAUCGGCGAGUUGGCGUCCUUUGUACCACGUGUUUCCUCGACCGCAAAAGUGGAUCGACUUCGUCCCAACGUACUGGUUCGCAUCCCUGCACCCGCGAUCGUUGUUCCGUAACGUGCUCAUGCUAGGGCGCUUCGUUAACGAUUCGUGGCUGAAGCUGGUGGAUGGUCGCUUUUGUCGGCGCUCUACCAUCGGGCAAGUGGAGCAGCGUCACGUCACAGAGGUGGAAGAAGUUCUUCGCCUCUUCGACAUCGAGUUUGCUUUAAAGCUGAAUCGCGACAUUGACCUCGACUUCCUCAGGUACCGGAUUAAGAGCGUUAUUUAG